AGAGUGGCGGUCCAAAGCAAAUAAAAAAUGAAAGCUCACAUCAUUUUACAAUUCGUGUUCUCAUGUGCCGAUGAAACAACAUUCAUUUUAACUAUAGGCACAAUAUUUAUUGUUUCGUUUUAAUUUCUUAGAUGGAAAUCGUUAAGUCUGCUUUCUAUCUACUUAAUUACUUAACAAGUAGAUUAGCUGGAAAAUUUAAUCACAUCUGAUAUAGGAAGAAAUUACAUAAAAUUAGUCAUCAUUGAAGGACCUCAUUCACACUUUACACGCAUUGUUAAGAUUGAGAAUGGGCAAUGUAGACAAAUACAUACGUUUGUGUUGUUAACUGAGAUAUCUUAAAAUGGAGAAUACAACAGUUUCUACAGACAUCUUUUAUUUUACAGGAAGCAGUGACGACGCGUCCAUAGCUAAUGUAACUAUCGAUAGUGCACCGUUUAGAUCGAAUGAAUCUGUUGAUGACUACUAUGAUUAUGAUACCACUGCAACAUUUGAUACCUAUUCCUAUUACUACGAGGACGAAAAUUACUACGAGGACGAAGAUUACUUUUUCGAAAUCUACGAUUUUGAAAAGUACGCGCUUGGAUACUUUCAACCAGUUCUUAUUCUACUGACAACGCUUACAAAUUUAUUCGUUGUUGGAUUUUUCUUAACCAAGAAAAACCGAGGAAAGGCGACAAACCUCUUGUUUGUAAGCAUAGCGUUCUCCGAUACAAUGACCGGCAUCACAUUACUAGCGAAUGGUUUCGGCGUCUAUGCAGUUGAUCGAGUCUUCCUUUCCAGAGAAUGGUGUAACACUUACAUGAUCCUGAGAUUUUAUGUUUCUCGAGUUUUCCAUACAGUUUCCGUCUGGCAGACUGUAGUUUUGUGUAUCCAGAGAUACAUGUGUGUUUGUCAUCCAUUCAUUUCAGGACGUAUAUGUACAUUUUGGAAAACGUUUGCAAGCAUAAUUGUUAUAUAUUGCAUAGCAAUCGUAAUGCACGUGUACCAUUUGGUGAACAAUAAACUUGGACAUGUCAGAUGCCGAUGGCAGACGGAAAUCCCUUGCAAGGAGUCAUGCAUGUAUUUGUGGUUCUGUGUAACAUUACAACAUUUACUUCCUUGUAUAUUGUUGGUUACCUUGACAAUUAUCACGAUAGAAGAACUUAAAAAGGCACAACAAAGGGUGUCAACGAUGUCACUCGAGAUAAGUGUCAGUCGUUCUACGCGUGAUAAAAUUAUCACUUACACCGCCGCUUUAAUUGUUCUGUUCUUCCUCAUUCCAGAGCUACCGCAUGGCAUCUACAGACUGGUGUUUGUAGUCUUCAAACACGGAGGUAAUUACAAUGGGAUCUCGUCCUUACGUAACCACAUCAUUAUAUGCGUAUAUGAAAUCGCACUUACGGUAAGCUUCAGUGCCAACUUCUGGAUCUAUUGCUUCAUGAUGCGUGACUUCCGGCACAAGGUGUUAAAACUUCUAACCUGCGGAGCUUUCAAACGCGGCUUAGCCAGGCUUCGAUCGCUUUCAAUGUCAUCGAGAGAGCGCAGUAGUUCAAACAACAGUAGAAACAGGGUAUUCAGCAGAUCUACCGCCUUGCGAUCAACGGCGUCCGAGAAUGUCCAUUCAGUCAUUCCAUUGACACCAACAAGAGGCUGUGAUGAUAUCAAUUAUCAAGAAAAAACAAUUUUGAAAACAGGAGACAGGAGAAAUUGACACGAACGAUGAUGAUGUGUUUAUGUAAACUAGACCUUAGUUUAGGAUACUGCAUUUGGAGGAAAAUGUAAAAUCUCCAAAUUUGAUUGGUUGAUUCUUAGUUAUGUUUUGCAAAAGUCAUGCAUUGAGACCAGCUAGUGCUGAUCUAUGUCAGUCAAACUAAAAUACCAAGGACCUUAAAAUUUAUUUAAAUUAAGGUGUUGAACCCGUGAUAACAAUCGAUAAUUUUCUUUCUUUUACGUUCUCUUCGUAUGUGAUUUCAGCAUUUUCCGGAUGUAUACAUGAGCUACAUUUACGACCGAAAAAGUCGAAAUAACAGACGUGAAUACGAACUACAUAAUUCUAGCUAUUCUCAGCAACCUUCCGCCAAGUCUGACUGAAAAGAGGAAGCUUGGAAUAUGGCAUUGAUCUUUGUUUAAAGUAUUUAUUUGUAUUUCAAGAUUUAUGACAAGGAACAUUCUGCCUACAAACUGUUUGCGAGCUAUUUUAAUCUUACUUGUAAUGAGAAAUGUAAAAGACAGAAAUGCAUUUCUUUGGGUAACAGUAGUUAUUUAAGAUUAUCAGUACUAUAUGUAUAGAAAAUAUCAUAAUAUUGUUUCCACAGGAAGAGUGUAUUUUUAAUCAUCUUUGAUUCUUUUGGUGCUCCCUUUCCCUUAAGACUCAUUAAUUUGUUUUCUCCUUGUAGGCUUUCUAAUUGUUGUCUUGUGUUAUCUUGUAUUUGUAUGUAAAUAUGAAAUAUGUUUCACAUACUAGUAUAUACUAAUGUAGGGCUUCGUUUC